AUGGAAGGCGAGGAGAAAGUAUUUUCGUCUAAAAUAAUACGUAUUAAUAAGAAAUUAAAAAACAACCUCCGUGACGUAAUAACCAUCCAUCCGGCAAAACCGGUUCCCGAAACUAUACAUAAAUAUGAAACCUGUGAUUUUACACCUAGGACAGAUAAAUAUUAUGUACCAAAGAAAAAGAAUGGAGUGAAAGUUAGGACCGUCAGAGAUUUACGUAGCACCUUCGAAAAAGACAUCCUAAGUUACCUGCCCGAAGAUUUGGAGAAACAGAAGAAUGUUUUAAUGCGCAGAAUACGAUCAGGUUCUUUGAAAGAAGAACAAACAAAACAAAUAGCAAAAAGUAUUCUUGAAAGUGAUAGUCCUGUAACCAGACAGAUAUGGCAAAUGGUUAUGAAUAUCAAUCCGUUGGAUUGUAAAUAUACCACCCAAUUCGUGCUUUGGAAUGGAAAAUACAUUCAAAUUAACGGUAGCAAAGGUGGAAAAAGCAAAUUUAUAUGUAAUUAUGACAUCGGUAAAAAGAAACCAACGUCCAAUAAACAAAUUAACAAACGACCUUUUAUUCCCAAAAAGAGGGGUUUGCUACAUAAUUCAUUAAAUGUUAAAUUUAAGCCAGGACCACUAACUAGGAAGUCCUUUCUAGAUACAUCGAAUCAAAGAUAUCAGUUUGGCGAUAUGGAUUUGGUUAAUUUACCAAAGGUAGGGCUUGAUGUACAACCAAUGAUCGGUAAAGCUUUGGCGCCCAAUAUAAGCACGUACAUCCAGAACACUUUUCUCACUGAUGGGGAUGGGACAAUUACGAAAACAUGGGCUGAUUUCUCAGUAUCGGUGUUAGGAACAUUAAAAAAUAGUCUACCUGCUCAAAUAAAUGAAGACUACGUAACGUUUGAUGUUAACUAUAAGUGUCAACAGCGUAGAGUAUUAAUGCGACAUGAUAGUGAUAAAACUAAAGUUCUAUAUGAUGUUUCUUCAGUUGGUCGGAGAACAGAAGACAAGUCAACAAUACUAUCGGAGGUUAAAAAUAUUAUGAACGAAAUUUUAGAUUCAGUAGAAAUAAGUUUGAGCCAAGACGACAUGUAUUUUGCAGAAGAUGAACCAAGGGAUUCCAAUAAAACAGAAAAAGAUUCUGCUGUACAAUUAAAAAAUAGUAGUUCUAAAAACAAACCAAAGCGAAAGUGUAAUGAAUUGAAUAGAUUAGAUGUAACUGUUAUAACAAUACCUAAGACUUCUGAACCAAGUCAGGGUGAUAAAUGUUUUAAAGAUUUUUGUAGUUUAGGAUGUGUUUGUGAGUCAAUCGGAUGUUCGUUUAAUCUAAAGAGACACUGUGGCCGAUUGGAAUGCAUGUUUAAAUGCAAAUGUGAUUUCUCUAAGUAUAAUACGAUUGAUUCUAUCGAUAAUGACUGUUCCGAUAUUCUUCCUGGCUUAGUGAAUUUGGAUAAGAAACUAGCACUUAACUUAGCCAAGGAGGAACAGAAGUUCCAUCAAACCGUUAUUUUAACUGACGAUAAAAGUAUACAUCUAAAAUCAACAAAACGUAAUUGGAAAACAUCGAAGAGAUACGCCGAGUUUUAUAGUAAGAUGCGAUUGAAAGCAGAAAUUGAUGGAUGUCGGAUGUUUUCAAUAGAAUGUGUAAAUCUAGAUUGCAAAGAUGUGGAGCCUUGGUGUAUGGUUCACAAUUUAUACAAGUGUUUUUGCAAAGGAAAAUUCACGGAAACUUCAGAUCAUAACAAGGAGGAUAUAAAAACUAAUAACAAGGAGGAUAUAAAAACUAAUAACAAGGGGGAUAUAAAUAAUGAAUGCGAAAAUACACCUCCGAUAACGAAUACAAGUUGUAAUAAUGGAAUUGUUGAAAUUAAGGAUCCCGAAGUUGAAAAUAAUGACUUAGUUAAAGAGCGCACAAAUAUUAAACCACGUGAUCUUAAGAAUAUAUGUGAGACUCCAAUUACAUUGGAUAAUAACAGUUCCUUAGACGUUACUAUUCAUACAUGUUAUUCUUGUGCUCGUGUGUUACCUUACUCAAGUCGAAAAUAUGAUAAUUCUUAUUAUGCGAAUACUAAUCAAAAAAUAAAAGAUAUGGAGAAAAAUGACAAAAAACUACAAAAAAGACUGAUAGCUCUACUGAGGAAAGACGAUAAAACUAAACCAUCACAAGAAAAGCCCGAUAAGAGUAAAGUAUCAAGUGUCAGUCCAAACGAAGAAAAGACAACUGCCAGCCCUGAUGUUAUAAUAAUUCCGGAUAAUACUCCAAGUAACACAUCUAGUUUGAAUGAAUUAUUGAGCAAUGUUAUAGAAAAUACUGUUAAAGAAUCCUCAGAAACACCAGAAGUUAUAAACAAGCCUCGUGAGAAAAGAUUGCUCACUAAGUCGAAAUUGGUCGCUUGGUUAGAAUCUAGUUAUAAACAAUACAAACAAACACCUCAAGAAAAUUUAGUAAAAUUAUCCCUGGAGCCCCCUAAGAGCGGUAAGGUUGCUUUGUAUUCCUGGGAAUUCAUAUUGAGCAGAUAUCGAGAGAAAAAGAACUAUUUUCUUUUAACCAAACAAAAACCGUUUCGUAUUUUUAUGGCCGUUGAUAUAAAGAACGUAUUUUUUGAAAAUUGUAUGAACAUAAGUAACAUCCCUUUAUCUGAAAUUGAUGAGUAUCCAAUAACUGUAAGGAAUUUGUUGACUAAUGCUAGAAAUUUAAAAGACAACUUUUGCAUAUUGCAUGGAUUAUCAUUUUGUUGGGAAUUAGUGGGCUCGGUUGCAAAAGUUAAAGACAAACCUGACAGUAAGAAGGAAAACGAUGAAACUAAUGAAACUUCGCCUUUUGUAUCUGUAAACAAAGACACAGAAUUACAUACUAGUUCAGGUUUUAAUGCUGAUUUGGACAAUAUACCAAUUGUAGAAUUAGACGAUAGUGACGAUGAUUGUAAUAACAGUGUUAGUACUCGCGAAGAUUUAAAAAAUCCACUACAAGAGGAUAACAAAGAUUUAUCUAAAUGGUUCUUAAUGACUAUUGUUAAUGAUUUCACUGAAAUAAGAUUCUACAAUAAAGGAUUUUUUGUCAAAUAUGACAGCGUUAUUAAGGCAAUUAACGUGGCAAGAAUAUCAGGAAAAACAGUCAGGCUGUCAUCACAGAGAUGUAGCACAGCAGAAAGUGAUCCCCAGUUUGGGAUAUACGCUAUACCGAGCCAAGAAAAUUAUUGUGUUUUUAUUGGACCAUAUGAAAAUAAUGAAAAAUUGGGCAUAGAAACUGUUAAAAAUUCUGUUGUCAGGAAAAUAAAAGACAGCACCAGAGGUAUUUGGAUAACAACAAACAAAUUGGAUAAUAUAAACGUCAUAGAUAACCCUUUGUUAUAUAUACCGUCACAUAAUCUAGAUUUAGAUAACAUGGUGACAUUAGAAAGUGAUAGCGCUAUUAAUACCACAAAUGACUACGAAAAUGUCUCUAUUGUUGAAGUUAAUUCUGAUCCGAUAAAAAAUAAAGCACCCGUUAGAAAAGUUAUUAGACCGAUAAGAAUAAAGAGAGGUGGCUUUUAUCGUCUGGGUUCGUCCAAACUUGUUAAACAUUCUGUACAACCCACAAAACAAGUCAAAAAGAAUGUCAAGCCAAUUGUAUUGAACAAAUCUUUAAUAAUAAGCAAUAAUGCGACACUGAGUUGUUUAUUAUCACAAUCACCUAUCACUUCUAAAACGGAAGAAUUUAAAAUAUUCUCUGAAAAAAUUAAAGAAUUAAAUAAAUCUCCUGAAAGCAAACCCAUAAAAAAAAUUUCUUCACAAAUUAAAGAUAACACCACCAAGAAAAAUACACCCGAAACCCGAAAAAGAAAGUUUGAAGGUGGUAUGUACGUGCUGAAACCAGAAGAAAUUAAUUUGAAAUCUUGGGAAAACACUGGGUUAUUUGACAAACCUAAAAGCAGCCCACAGAAUGAUCAAACAGAAGGUAUGGACGUAGAGAGCUUUAUAUCAAGUUCAGUCAUCUGCGCGAAUACUGAUGUGUGUAUAAUUUCUGACGAUGAAGAGGAAUACAAAAGUGAACCAACGGAAUCGUGCAAAAACGUAUGGAUAGUAUGCAAAAAUAUAGAAAACUUGGGUUGGAUACCAGCAAAAAAGGAUCACAAAAAUAAUUUGAGCUUCGAAAUGCCUGGAUUCAAAUACACUGAUUACUAUUCACCAGAAGAAGCAUAUGAAAAAAUAAACCAGGUUCUCUCCAGAAAAGUCUAUGUGCCCAUGAACAUAAAUGUAGAAUGGCAUUUCGUAGAAUCGGAGGCUGAAGUACGGGAUAAAAAGAAACUUUCUUCAGAAGACCUCUGUUCGGAUUACGUAUUGACCAAGAAAGGUUUGUGCCACAGAUAUAAUUUAAUGGGCAAAUUUAAAGGUUUGAAAUCACAAGGUUCAACAAGUUCAGUUGAAUGUAAUGAGGUUCCUAAUAAGAAACCGCGUUUACUGAGUGAUACGGAGGAACCCAGUAGCACUUUGGAAGAAGAAGGUACUUUCCUUUUGGAUAAAUUAAUGAAAACCGUAGAAUUAAAGGAAGCAUUAAGCAAAGUCAACGAAGAACUACUUAAGGAUCUGAACGAAAAAUUGAUAUCAAACAUCACUGUGGUUAAAGAAGAAACUUAG